CCCGCCGCAGGGCCCGGGCGUGCCGCUGCCGCCCGCCCCCCACCAGCUGGACCCGCCCGCGCUGCGGCUGGCUCGGCUGUGCGAGCUGAUGAUGCUGCAGGGCGAGGGGCUGAGCGGGGAGGGGCUGCUGGCGGCGCUGUGGCUGCUCACGGAGAGCAGGAAGCCGGAGCACGUGGAGGUGGUGCGGCUGCUGUACGGCGAGCUGCCUGCCGUACUGGCCAGGAGGCUGCGGGGGGGCGACAAGGACGGGAAGAAGGAAGCAGCACCCGCAGCCGAUUCCAACUCCGGUUCCGCAGCCACGGCAGGAUCCCCCGACGCACAGAAGCGGCGGCAACCUGAUACGGCCCGCGACCAGAACGGGGAGCAGGGCAGCGAGGGCAAGGAGGCUGGGGGCGAGGGCAAGGAGGAGGAGGAGGGCAAGAAGGAGGAGGGCAAGGAGGACGGGAAGGAGCAGCAGGAGAAGGAGGAGGAGGAGGGUUUUGGAGGCUUCUUUGAUUUGGAGGUACGGCAGGACCUGCCGGCUGGCGAGCGUGCUGCGCUGGAGGAGCAGUGGCGGCGGGACAUCGUGGAGGCGGUGGAGGUGAUGGAGGCUGGCAACUGCGGGCUGGGCUGCCGCUUCACCGCCGCCCUAGCCGACCAUCUGGCCUCAGCAUGCGACGUGGAUGUCAGUGAUGUGGCCUCCGACUUCUCCUCCGCCUCCCUGCCCCGCUGGCUCCCCCGCCUGCCCACCCUGCCCCUCCUGCACCUGCGCCUCUUCGUGCUCACGCAGCUAGGCCUGCGCGCCGCCGCCACCCAGGACUCCCUGGAAGCUCGGCUGGCGUCGGUGGAGUAUUCGGUGCAGGAGGACGUGUGGGGUCUGGAGCUGGUGCCGGGCGGGGGAGGCAAGGGGGAGGACCGAGUACGGCUGUCGGCGGUGGCCUACAAGCAGGCAUGCAUCCGGACCUGGGGCAUCCGACAGCGACGGAACCUGCGGCUGCGGGUGGUGCAUGCCAUGAAGCGAGCGUGGGA